AUAGGUCUCACCCAUCAGGAAGUACCCCAUGCCCUGAUAUAACGCCGCCUGGCCCCCUCCACAAGACUAGCCAACAUCUCAAACGCAGCACUCCUGCAGGCCGGCAUGGAUUUUCCAGUAAUGGAUCAUGAUCAAGUACGUGAACUGGAAGUCCUGGAAGGCAUACUUGGUGAUGCAAGUGCUGAACCAUUCAAGAUAUCUUAUGGACUAUUGAAAACCAUUACAAGAAAUUUUUCUAAUGAGAUUGGUCAUGGUUCGUUUGGAAAUGUGUAUCGGGGAGGUCGGGAAAAUUUGCCGGUCGCUGUGAAGAAGAUCUCCAAUGUGCAUACUAUCUCUGAUAAGGAGUUCAUGGAUGAGAUCAAGUGUUUAAAAAGUGCAAAACACAAGAAUAUAGUUAGAUUUCUAGGCUAUUGUGCGGAAACUGACGAAGAAAUAACGCCGUCUGGUGGAACAUUGGUGAUGGCAGGGAAACGGAUCAGGAUGAUGUGUUUUGAAUAUGUUCCUAAUGGAAAUAUUCGGCAAUAUCUUGCAGAAGAGAAUCCUCAAGGAGUCGACUGGCCCGCAUGCUACAAAAUUAUUAGGGGAAUUUGUCACGGUUUGAAUUAUCUUCAUGACAGGAAAAUUAACCAUCUUGACCUGAAACCAGAAAAUGUUAUGUUGGAUGAUCAGAUGGAACCAAAAAUUACAGAUUUCGGUCUGUCAAGAUUCUUAGAUCAAGGAACGUCCACCAUGGUUACUAAGCACAUAAUUGGAACACCGAGAUAUAUUGCACCAGAAAUCAUAAAUAAAGGACAUCUAUCAUUCAAGACAGAUGUAUAUGCUUUUGGCAUUAUUAUCAUAGAACUAUUGACUGGGAAGAGUAUGAUAAGCCUUGAGAAUUGGGAUGAAUCGUUAGACAUGGACUGUCCACGAAGGAGGAGGUGCGCUGAAAUGGCUCGACAGUGUACGGACUUUGACAAACGUAACAGGCCCACAAUGCGUGAUGUAAUUACUGACCUGGAUAAGUUGGAGAGCAUGCAUCCAUGGUCUUCCAUAAGCCAGAGUCUUCCUAUUUCGCUGGAGAGUGCCGACGUCAAGAUUCCAUCGAGAUCAUUAACUAUUGCAUGGGUUGAGAAUCCCGAGUACUGGAGAUGGAUUGCACACCCCGACGCCAGCUCUAGCGAAUGCGCUGAACUCCUAAGUGUGUACUAUCUGAAGGUCUCUCGGUUGAUUGCACCCGAAGACCUACCUGUUGCGGCCACAAGCUACAGGGCUUACCUCGUGUACAAGCUGGUUGGCAGCACGCCAGGCCUGAAAUACACCGUGCAGACAGCAAGCACGCUCCAUUUCGACAGUACCGCCCCUACCAACAAGGUUAGCCUCCACCCUAAAGCACCUGGGGCCAGUGGUGCCCAAGGUGUCACCUACCCCGUCACCAGGGGCGAUGGCUGGCUGGAGCUUAGACUGGGUGAGUUCUCUAACGAGAAAGCGGUGACUGUAGAGCUCCUACGUGAGGACCCCCACAACAAGAUGAGCGGCCUCAUCAUUGAUGGCAUGGAGGUCAGGAGGUGCCUGUAAUGUAAUGCAUCCACAUCACCAGAUUGAUCGUGUGCCACCUCUACUGUAAUCCACCUCUACUGUAAUCUACUGCAACCCUGUAUCGACUAUUAUGUUGAAAUGUCAAGUGAACUAGCAAAGUGGACCGCAUAGUUUGCGCGGGUAGAUUUCUUAAUUUUGAUUGUGUGAAUUCAAUAAAUGGCUUGCAAUGUCUAAUUUUACAUUGAGGA